AAAGAGUAAUCAAUAUUUGUUAGGCAUUACCCCACUCACCCGAGCCUCAGCUGCCACGUCCGGCGCCCAGCCUCGGAGCCGAGCCUCUCCAAAGAGUCAGAGCUGCGCACCCUCGAAAAACCACGGGAAAGAGAACAGAACAAAGCAAAGCAAGAGAGAGAAAAACGAACCCAUUUUAGAGAGAGAAAUCGGUGGAUUUCUAGAGAGAGAAGUUAGGGCGCGAUGGUUCAGAUCGCGAAGAGGAAGAAGGGACGGCCGUCGAAGGCGGAUCUGGCACGCCGCGCCGGCGAGUCUCCGGCGACUGCAUCGCAGCCCGAUCUCCGCCGAAGCCUCCGCCGCCGGAGCGUGAGGUACAACAUCAUCGACUACGACGACGAUUACCUCGACGACGAGGAGGAUGAGAGGAAACGCGAGAAGAAGAAGCUCAAGUUGAUGGCGAAGCUGAACCAGGGCGAAGAAGAAGAGGAGCGAGAAGAAAACGAGUCGGCACCGAGUCGCACUCGCGCCGAGUCGCGUGCGGACCACGCGCCACUAGAAGAAGAAGACGACGACGAUGAAAAUGAACAAGAGGAAGAUAAUGAAGACGCCGAAGAAGAGCACGAAGAAGACGAAGACGUUGUGGUAAAGGGCAGAAAAGUGGAUUCGGAAGGGCUCCACUCUGUUUCUGUUUCGGUUUCAGGAAUUCCUGCGAUUCCGCAAUCUGGGAUUCCGUUGCCUGAUAAGAGGACUCUGGAAUUGAUCCUUGACAAGCUUCAGAAGAAGGACACGUAUGGUGUGUUUGCAGAGCCUGUUGAUCCGGAAGAGCUUCCUGAUUAUCAUGAUGUGAUCGAGCAUCCCAUGGACUUUGCCACCGUGAGGAGGAAGUUGGCAAAUGGAUCUUAUCCUACCUUAGAACAAUUUGAGAGUGAUGUAUUUUUAAUUUGCUCAAAUGCAAUGCAGUACAAUGCACCAGAGACUAUAUACCACAAACAGGCACGAUCAAUACAAGAACUUGGGCGGAAAAAGUUUGACAAGUUAAGGAUUGAAUUUGAUCCCUCUCAGAUUGAGCUGAAAUCCGAACAAAAACCACGAUCUAAUUCUUUGGUUAAGAAGCAAGCAAGGAAGCCACUGGCACUGGCACGUGCCUCACAUGAACCUGUUGGCUCCGAUUUCUCAUCAGGGGCAACUCUUGCUACUAUUGGAGAUGUACAGCCGACUUCUCAUCCAAUGCAAGGUGGUAGCUAUGAGAGACCUGGAAACAUUGAUGGUAUUUUGGAGGGAAAUCCUUUCUGGAUUGAUGGAAAUCAAGAGAAAGCUGAAGAUGUUUUGUCAGGUAAGGGUCUGCCCUCUAAGUGGGGAAGGAAGUCAUUUGUGCUUGAUGAAAGUCGUCGUGCUUCUUACAAUAUGUCUAAUCAACCAUUUGCUAGAUCGGAUUCAAUAUUUAUGACUUUUGAGAGUGAAAUGAAGCAUCUGGUGACUGUUGGACUUCAUGCAGAACAUUCCUAUGCUAGGAGUUUGGCUCGUUUUAGUGCAUCUCUAGGACCUAUUGCUUGGAAAAUUGCUUCCCACAGGAUUCAGCACGCACUGCCAGCUGGCUGUAAAUAUGGUCGUGGUUGGGUUGGAGAGUAUGAACCGCUUCCAACCCCAAUAUUAAUGCUUGAUAAUAGUGUCCUAAAAGAAACCAGUUUGGUUCCAAAAUUGCAUUCUGGUACUAAAUUACAAAUUGACAAAAAUUGUAAUAAUGUGGAACCCAGCAUUAAACAUACUGAUAAAGGACAGAUGCUUGAGGGCAAACAAUCUUCGAUUUGUCCUGCCACUGGGCCUGAUUCCAAAGGAAAACCUUUGGUUGGUUCUGCUCGAGUAAGCCCUAAUGCUCUUGUCAACAUCCCAAAUCAGAAGCACAAUGUCCAGUCCAGGAAUUUACGCAAGACUGAGAAUGGGGCUUUGAAACAAGUGGAGUUGAAUUCCUUACCCUCAAGUAAUCAGAAUAACACUCUGAUUUCAAACUUUACAAAUAAUGCUCCUACAACGAAUUCUCCUUCAGCAGAGUCUAGGCCCAGAGAGAUGGUGCCAAGGAACAUGAAUACUUUGCCAUCUACACCUUUCAAGCAGCCAGAUACUAAUGUAGUUGGCAGUGGAGAGUUUCCUAAUGGAAAGGUCCCAAAUACAAAUUUGAAUAGACAGGUGAAUGGUCCAUCAUCUGAAAGUACAUCAACCCAAAUAAGCAGAGCAGCUCCUUUUGUUGCUCAUGGAAGUACAUCAACCCAAAUAAGCAGAGCAGCUCCUUUUGUUGCUCAUGGGCAGGGGCAGGGUCUUAGUGACCCAGUUCAGUCAAUGAGAAUGUUUGCUGAAAAGGCUCAAAAGCAACAGUCUUCUUCUGAUCAUUCCCUAGUUGAUAGUCUGCCAGUGACACCAUCAGGUCCAUCUGAACAGAGAGAUGACUCCGGCAAUGCUUCAGCAGCAGCUGCCCGUGCAUGGAUGUCUGUAGGUGCUGGAGGGUUGAAACAAGGAUCUGACAGUUCUAGUUCACCCAAAAAUCAGAUUUCUGCAGAUUCUUUGUACAACCCAACAAGAGAUUUCCAUCCACACAUUACACGAAUUCGGGGGGAGUUUCCUUCUGCUGCAAUGUCUUUCCAGCCAUUUCCAGCACUUGUCCCUCAACCUAUUCACACAGGCCCUCUUUCACAGUUUCCCAACCGGCAUAUGGUUUGCCCUCAAUUAGCAUCUGCUGACCAAUCUAGAAUUCAAAUGCAGUCCCCUUGGCGAGGUCUUAGUCCUCGUGGUCAAUCAAGGCAGAAACAGGAAACCCUUCCGCCUGACUUGAAUAUUGGUUUUCAAUCUCCAGGGUCACCUGCGAAACAAUCAUCUGGUGUCCUUGUUGACUCACAACAACCAGACCUAGCUUUGCAACUAUGAUGAGGUUUUGCUGCCCUUGGUGUGGAUAUUUCCACAUGAAUUGGACUGGUCCCUGAAGUUGCGGCUCCUGUUAUUGUUGAGUUUUGAUCCUAAAAGUCUUGCGUAAAUUUGAAAGGGACAGAAGUUUGCGUGUUGAUUGGGAUUUAGCACAAGGUUGUCCCCAACAAAAUGAGUUUGAUAGUGCAGGAGACGAUGGUGAAUUUGACAGAGAAUAACUUAACGACUUGACAUUAUUUCCAGACGAGUAUUACUGAUUCAAUGCAGCAUGUCUCUGAUUUUCUCCUAGAAUUGAAUCCGUAGAAAGUCUGCAUAUCUAUUGAUUAUAUCUGGAGCUGGCAAAAAAUAUUACUGAUGCCUUGUACAAUAUUUACAAAUUGAUGAGAUUCAGUUGCCUAGAUAUUUCGUUCAUUUGGUGUCUAAUGUAUCUGAAAACCAGUAGGGCAUCUCUUCUUAAUUAUGCUAUUAUUUUGUACAUGAGAUUACAUGUUACUAAUGGUAAUGGAAAACGUUGCUUACUUCCUUUUUCCUUAUUUAACUCUAUUAGGUUGCUCCAACAAACAAAUUUUGGUUAGUGCCUGUUCACCCUUUAUGAUAUUUUGAAGUCAUGCCUACAUGUCUCCAGUGCUUCUUUUCUAAAUUGACACUGACUACCUUGAUAUAUAUGUAAGUCGUGAUUAUGAUUUUCAAGAGGAUGAGGGCCAAUGGAAGUUGGUUCACCUAUUUGAUCUUCCAUUCCA